UAGUAAACGGCCGCCGUGUUUUCGCUAAAUUUCAGGUGUCUCAAAUCGAUUUUUUAAACAAAACCUCAAGAAAUACUCAAAUUCUUAAAUAACUCCUGUCGAAAUGGACGCUUUACAAGACGAAGUGGAGUCCCUGGAAGCCAUCCUAAUGGAGGAUGUUUGUAUCAAACGCACGCCCAGCGGCGAGGUGGAGCAGAUCGAGACAACAGUGUUGCCCUUGACCGGUGAGGAGGAAGAGCAGCAAUACGUUUGCGUCACCUUGCAGGUUCACCCGACACCAGGAUAUCCGGAAGAGAGUCCCACAUUCAAGUUACUUCGUCCACGAGGAUUAGACGAUGCCCGACUGGAGGCUAUCCGGAGCGCCUGCAAUGCCAAGAUAAAGGAUUCACUGGGUUUUCCGGUCGUCUUUGACCUUAUUGAGGUAGUGCGGGAGCACCUGACUGGCAGCAAUCUGCCCAGUGGCCAAUGCGUCGUCUGUCUGUAUGGAUUUGCCGACGGGGACGAGUUCACCCGCACCGAGUGCUUCCACUAUCUGCACAGCUACUGUCUGGCUCGUCAUUUGAACGCACUGCGCCGCAACUAUCAGGAGGAGUUCGACAAAUUGCCCGCCUGGCUGCAAAAGACAGCCGAUCCCUUUCAGGCAUUGUGUCCUGUUUGUCGAGAGCACAUUGGCGACGAGACCGACAGCCUUAAGUGUGCUAUGCCGCCGUCAGAGCUGCUUAAUGCACCGGAGUUCAAGGUGACCGAAGAGCUGCGUCAGAUGCAGCAACGCAUGUCAGAGCUGUAUUUGCAGCAGAAGAGUCGCGGCGCCAUAAUUGAUGUGAAGGCCGAGGGAUCGGGCGUGAUUUCCAUCGAAACUGAGGAGGACAUCAGGCGAAGGCGGCGUCGCGAGGAGGCCGAGGCAGCCAAAAAGCUGGAGGGACCAGCCAAAGAUGAGCCCCUCAAGCCCACUACUAGCUCCACAUUUGCGCCUGUGGUGCAGGAGACCCAGCGCAUAAUGCCGGAGCCGACCAACAACAACUAUCAUCACAAUCGGCGACACUAUCGCGGCGGCAGGCGCCACCAUCAUCACCAUCAGCAUGGCCACCAUCAUCGCGCCGAAAGGGAUCGCGAACAAAACGCAGCAGCUGCUCCCGCCAAUGCUGGCGGCUCGACAUCGAAUUCAACUGGCAACGGCAAGCAGGCAAAGGCCCAGUCAGCCAGCUCCGGGCUUGCCAGGUGACGAUGGCUUCCAGAAGAGAUGGGGAUCCGGAUACCCAUUGCGUUGCCAUGCUGCUAAUACACAAUGAAGCACCAUCCCAAACGGCCCAGGUUUAGUUUUGUGAGGCGCACUCGUUUCUGUGAAUUCUUAUGUUCGUACGUUCGUAUAUAUUUAUGUUUAGUUAGCUUUAGUGAGCCGGGUUAGCUAAUUUCGAUUACAUUAAUGAUGAUAUUUAGUUGUACCUUAACUAUAAUGAUAUUUGUAAUGUUUUACAAAAGACUUGCGGCACCAUGCCAAGCCGAUAUUAUUAGGGCCCUUGAAAGCUAGCGCGUAAAACAGCAUGUAUUUAGCAGCACCAACUGGCAGCGCAGGCGUUGACGAGAUUACACCAUAAGCAUUGUGAAGAACUAAGAAGACGACGGUAUCGAUAUUCACUUACGUAUAAUCUGCAACUGCACUUCGAACUUUAGUAUAAAUAAUUCUCUCUCUGGCAGCCUAUAGCACAAAGAAAAGUAGUCGACGAUUUGAGUUGGAGCGGCAUUUCUAGUCAGUGAAUGGAGGUCGGAAGGCAGCUGAGGUGAAACAACCCGAUACAGGGCAUCUGCAUUAGCAUGUAUGCACACAUAUUUAAAUAUCACAAUUAAUUGAGUGUUUGUAGGCAACAAAGUAGAGAUCCGCACGGAUCGACCAAGGUAUUAUAUCGAAAAUUCAAUUUCAAUGUGUCAAAUAAAUACUACGAUUGAGAACUUAAAUGAAUAAAUCAAAAUCGGAAAUCA